AAGACCAAAACUCCAAUAAGAGAAGUCUCCUUCUGAGCUAAGAAAGAAGUACAGUUCUUGGCGGAUUUUUAUAUUAUAACAUAGAAAAAGAUCGAAAAAAAUAGCCAAAACGAAGGAAUCCCUUCAUUUGUAUCACAAUUCUCAUUUCUACUGUUGUAAGGAUUCUUCAAAAUGGCAAAAGAAUCAAAGGAACUAGUGUCUGAUGUUUUUAAUGAAUCAUUUGAUCUUUCCUGCGACGAUUUUUACUUCUCUUUGCUAUUCAACUUAGAAAGCGAAGUCGAAGAAAUGAUUCUUCCAGUUUCAGAUUCUUUAUAUGCUGAAGAAUUGCAGCUCCAAGAAUCCAUCAUGGCCUCAAUAAUCAGUUCUCAGAACCCGAGAACUGAUCCGAUUUCCGAAACAGUUGUUGGUGAAUCAUCGAGACGAUUCUGCAAAAUAUGCAUAGGAAGUAAAGAAAGUGAUGAGAUGUUCACAAUUCCGGGCUGCAAUCAUCAGUUUUGUGCCGAAUGCAUUUCCGAACAUGUGGCAAUAAAAGUCCAAGAAACCGCGGUCGUAAAGUGCCCGGAAUUGGACUGUAGAGCCACUCUCAACAUAGAUUCUUCUAGGGAGAUCAUAUCUAAGUAUGCUAUUACAACAUGGGAGGAUGUCCUUUGUGAGUCACUCAUUCCUCCUUCGCAGAAAUUUUAUUGUCCGUACAAAGAUUGUUCAGCUAUGCUGGUUAAGGAUACCGAUGAGGUUAUAAGGGAAUCAAUUUGUCCUUUUUGCUGGAGAUUGUUCUGUGCACAGUGCAAUGUGUCAUGGCAUUCGGGAGUUGAAUGUGAAGAGUUUCAGAGGAUGAAUGAGCAUGAAAGAGGAAGGGAAGAUUUGAUGGUCUAUGAACUUGCUAAGCAGAAAAACUGGCAGAGAUGUCCUAAGUGUAAAUUCUUCGUCGAAAGAAAUGAGGGCUGCUUGCAUAUCAGUUGCAGAUGUAAAUUCGAAUUCUGCUAUGGAUGUGGAGCAUCAUGGAGUUCUAAUCACAGUGGUUGCAGACCAUAAUGACAAUCAAGAAUCAAGAUGGUUGCACUUGAAUAAUCAUAGCGUUCACAUUCAGUUACCAGUUUCAAUUCCAUAUCAAGUUCACAAUUGAUAUUGAGUAGCAUUGAGUGAUGAACACUGCUGUAUAUUCUAAAUCUUUUGUUUUAUCGGGUCCAAACUAAAAAACUAAAAAUAUUAUGGCGUUCCUUUAUUAAUACUAUGCUUUUAUAUAUAUACUUA